AAUUUCAGGCACUCAUAUAUCGAUUUGGCUGACAGAUGAGAUGGCCCAAAUGUGGCUUUUGCUUCAAGCAAAACCAGUGAGUAUCCAACAAUACCCUUAUAAUCAAGUACUGUUACACCCUGUCGUGCAAUUAAGUUUCACAGGAAGAAAUUAAGCUGGUCUUAAAUGAUUAUAGCUGCAUCAUCUCCAUGGGUUUGGUAAUUUGAACAUGGGAAAUGAGAUGGGUAACAACAACACAUCAGGUCUGAAAGACGAAGAGAACACUACAGUUGAAGCUUGCAAGACAUCUUUGGUAGAUACUACUCAUGUAAAUGAUACAAAAGAAGAACAUCAAUUAGUACCUGAAGUUGAAAGGAAUGAUUUUGAUGAAAAAGUUGCGAACUUGGCUUAUGGUGAUCUAGAGAGAAUAGGAGAUCGUUGGGUCAAAAACCAGACUUCAAGUUUAGAAGAGCACGAAAAUACUGAAGUUCAUCCUCUUGGUAAAACUCCAAAAGUUAUAGUGGUAUCAACUGAAGCAGGGGAAAGAGACAAUAAAUUGCAAUCAGAUACUUCACUGAAUAAUGAUCCAGGACACUGGAAGCCGAUAGAGAAAAACAUGGAAGAAACUGACCUACAAGGAACAAUGCAAUACCAGCUUGAGAAGCAGGAUUCUUGGAAGAAAGAGGAUGAGGAAGAUGGGACAAUAUCCACAUCAGAGGAUCUAGAACCUAAAGAAAAUGUUACAGUUGAAGCUUGCCAAACAUCUUUGUUAGAUAAUACUCGGGAAAAUGAUACAAAUGAAGAGAAUCAAAUAGGAGCUGAAGUUGAAGAAAAUUAUUUUCAUGAAAAAGUUGCAUACUUGGCUACUAAUGAUCAAAAGACGACAGAGGAUCCUUGCAAUGAAAACCAGACAUCAAGCACAAAAGAGCAAGAAGAUACUGAAGUUCAUCCUCUUGGUGAACUUCCACAAGUUACAAUGGAAUCAAAUGAAGUAAGGGAAGAAGACGGCGAAGUGCAACCGGUUACUUUAUCGAGUGAUUCAGGACAUGAGGAGCCAAUAGAGCAAAAAAAGAAAGGAACUGAUAUACAAGCAGGAACUAUGCAAUACCAGCUUGAUAAGCAGGACUGUUUGAAGAAAGAGGAUGAGGAAGAUGGUUCAAUAUCUACAUCACAUGCUCUAGAAGCUAUAGAGUAUAAGAGUUUUGAGUCAAAUCAACAGGAGUUGGUUACAAUUCAUGCUGACCAAUCUGUAGAAGUUGGAAGUGGAUCAUUACCAGGGAGUAAGGACUGUCUAGGACCAAGUUUUACUUCUGAUUUCGAGGUGAAUGGUGAUGUCUUAGACACUGAGACGUUCAAAAAUAUGGAAGAAAGUGCUGAUUCUGGUACUGAUCCAGCAUUGGAAAGAGGGGAUGCCCUGUCACUGGAGCAAAAGGCCUGUGAAGAACUACUGAAGUCCUCAGAAGAGCAGUUUGAAACUAAGGAUCGAGAAGAAGUUGAAAAUGGAUUCACCAACAUAACACAAAUAGCAUCAUAUGAUCUUGUUGGCUUAGAAAAUAACUGCAAUGUGGAGCUUCCAACUGAGGUGAAUUUAAUUGAUAGCUCAAAAUCAGAACCAGAAGCCUUUCUAGUGAGUAACUCUCAACUUGAAGUUCCUGAACCUAAGGAUAAAUGCAUAAUUCUUAAAGAAGAAAUCAGACUAAAAGGAAAAGAGUUGGAAAAUGGAGAGAAAAAGCAUUAUACUAACCAAAUCCAACCUAGUCUACAGUCAGGGAUGGAAUCAGAACCUGACUGUGACAAAUCAAGUAAGCCUCAAUUUGAAUCUACAAUGGUUGAGCCUACACAUGAGAAGAGUGAAACGGUAAGUGUGAUCAGUCCUUUAAGCAACAAGGUUUGUCAAGCCGAGGAGCCAAAGGUUGUUGAGGAUGAUAACCUAGUUCUCAUGCGUCUCAAUAACCAACAUGAGGCUUCUGAGGACCAGUGCUACCAGGAAUCAGAAAGGAAACUUGAGGUGGUUCUGGCACUAGGAAUCAUUUCACCAGAGUUAACAAUUCCACAUUUCAGCCACAAGGAAGAGGAAUUAGUAGGGAAGAGAACCGUUCAAGAAAGAGAGGAUAACACAGAACCUUUACUUGCCAGUGAAAUGGAAGAAACAGAAAGAACAGAACAGGAUUGUUUGCCUCCAGAAGAAAAUACUGUAUUUGGAAAUGAGACUAUUCAAAGCAUCAAUGACUCAAUCCCAGAAGUGAAGCAAGAGAAUUCAGGUGAGUUUUUGGCUACUGAAAAUCCAACUAUUGAUUUUACAAGCUGGAUAGCUGAAGCAUUAGUCUCCAUGAAUAAUUUGGAAGCUGAGAUGCUUGGUCAGCAAGUUACACAACAUAAUGAAGCACAUCAAGCCGAAGCAGCAGCAGCAGCAGAAUCUAAAACUUUGGCUGAAGUUGAAACAUCAUCUGUGUCUGUAAGUUCCGGUUCUGAAACACUAGAAUUUGUUGGAAGGUCCAGCACAGUGAGCACUGAAUCUGAUCCGGAUAACUUGAAUAUUGUUCAUGCCCAGAUACAAAAAUCCCCGAGCUUCAGCCUUGAUCUCCAAAACGAAGCAAGGACUGAAGAAUCAGAUAGCACUCCAUUGUUGUAUCAAGAUAAGGCUGAAAUAGAAAGCUCAGCAAGUCAAGGUGAGAAAGUGAUUGCAUUGGAAAGAAGUGAGUCAGAGGAGUCAAAGACACCAUUUCUAGGAUUCUUGAAGGAAGAGGAAGAAACUCAUGUUGUUGUUGUUGCACAAAAUAAACAUGAGAACCACUCUCCUUCUAAGAAUUCAAAAAGAAAUCUGUGUGACUCAGUUACUGGAAAAGCUGCUCCAACUUCAUCUAAAGGUAAAGAGAAGCGCAGAAACCGGGCUUCUCUCUUUUCCAACUGCUUGUGUUGUGCAACUGUGAUCAAUUGAAGUCCUCUUAAUAUCUUCGAUAUUUGUUUGCUCUUUCUUUGGUUUUGGAGUUUUCUGGGAAAUGGAGUUUUGAUCUAUUUUUGCUUGGUUAUGAUGUUGAGCGAGUAUAUAAGCUUGUGCAAGUUAUGACAAUCCAUUGUCUCUGUUCUUUUCACUUAUUCCCUCUCUUUCAUUCUUUACUUGUUUGUCAACUUAUCUUUUGUGAUGUAAUUCCAUCUACUUAUUUGAGUGAGACAAUUUGCAAAAAAUUUUGUCAGGGGAUUGUGCCUCUCAUUGUAAAAUUUGUUCAUUUGUAUUCAUAUAUUCAACAAUAAAUGAUGAUAGUUU